AUGGAAAUCCAGUCUGAGACCAAGGGAUGGCAACGAAGAAGGAUGGAGAACUUCAAUGCCUUCACUUGCAAUCAGCAACCACCUCCAAAGGUCAACAUGGUAGCUGAUGGGUGGACAGAAAUACCUUCUUUCAGUUUGCUUAUAGGGGCACAGCAGGGCCUCGAUCCAGAAUACGUCAACCAGAUGCGGGAGGUGGAUCGAGCACGGCAGCAGAGGAUACGGGAUCGUGUCCAUGAUAUCGUUCAAGCCCGGACAAUUUCUAACCUUCUGGCUCCCUGGUAUCCAGGAUUGUGUAAGCGACCGUGUUUCCAUGAUGAUUACCUGCCCUCAUUCAACCGGCCAAACGUUAAGCUGGUUGACGUUCGAGAUCAUGGGAUCAGUCAUUUUACAGCCAAAGGGAUUGUGGCUGACAACACCAAAUAUGAACUGGACGCUGUCAUCUUCAGCACGGGGUUCACUGUCGCAGCCACCUGA